UCAAAGAUAUUCACAUUAAUGAAUCAACCCAUUGUUUCCCAUAUUUACAUAAUGAAAUGCAUCAGGUGAAAAUGACGAUAAAAUUCAGUAACAAGUACUGAAGAUAACGAUUGAAAGCAAAAUUUAUCUGCGAAAUUUACGUUUACGGUAAAAAAACAGAUUUGAUUUUAUUCCCUUUUCCAUCGCAUUGCAAUUGAAGACUAAAAGACUGUUCAUUUGUGCCAUUUAUCUAAUUGAAUGUAAAAAAGAAAUUCUUUUAUCAUUAAAUGAAUUUUCUCCUUGACUCUCACUAAACCUUGUUUUACUUCUGUGUACUUAUUUUGAUGAGUUGAAGUUUACUGCACUUGCUGUGGAAACGUUACAAAGAUGACACUUUUACUCAUAGUUAUUAGCUUUAUCGGUGUUCUUCAUGGAUCUGUCCAUGCAACUCAAAACAGUUCCGAUGUUGGUCUAACGAUUGGCGAUCUGAUAACCUCAAGAGGCUUCAUCCAUGAACCGCACUAUGUGACGACUCGGGACGGUUACAUUUUGGGAAUUCAUCGAAUGAUCAAUCCGUUGAGCAGAAAAUACAUAGCAGGAAAACCAAAACCAAUUAUCCUUCAAUGUGGCCUUCUUUGUUCUGGAUCCGAGUUUCUCGAUAACUCCGACAGCGGUUACCUCAACGAAACAAUGAUUGCUUAUCGCCAUGUCCUCAACAUGAUCGAUUUCGAAUCAGAAGGAAACAACUUGGGCUUUCUUUUGGCGAAUCUUGGUUUCGAUGUUUGGUUUUUCCAUCCAAGAGGAAACAUGUACUCGCGAAAUCACACCACACUGGACCCUGAUUCAGAUAAAAGCUAUUGGCAAUUUACUUGGGAUCAAAUGGCCUUAAUCGAUCUUCCAGCAACUUUUGAACUCAUCAUGAACCAAACCGAACAAACUGUUGGUUACAUUGGCUACUCUCAAGGUGGAACAACAAUUUUUGGACUUUUAUCAGAGUGGCCCGAAUAUUCUGCAAAUGUGGUUCCAAUCAUCAACAUUGCUCCAGCAGUUCGACUCGACAAUUAUGCUGGUCUUCCCUAUCAAUCCAUCCUCGAGUCUCCCCUGGUAAUGAACUAUGUGAUGAACAGAGGAGGGGAAUGUUUUGGUCGGCAGCAAUUUUCAUUUUGUGAGGAAAGUCCAAUUAUGAAGAUUGUGUGCAAUUUCGUCACCUUUAACUUGUUGAGCAUCAAUAAAAAUCAAGUCGAUCCUGAUCGAAUUCCCGUCUUUAUGUCACACAUUCCUUCUGGCACUUCUUGCUGGGACAUUUUACACCUUGUCCAGUUGAUAAAGAAUAAAAAUUUUGCCAAGUUCGACUUUGGAAAGACAAAGAAUUUAAUCAAAUACAAUUCAACUUCACCGCCACUCUACGAUCUGGGAAAAGUGGUUACAAACGAUCUAUACUUAGUGCAUUCUAUUGGUGACCAUUCAGCUGAUCCAGCAGAUAUUACGCUUCUUAAAUCACUUCUUACUUCAGUUCCCACCAUUUAUGAUCAUGUAAUUCAAGAGAAAACUUUUGACCAUUUGGACUAUUUCAUGUCUAAAAAUAUUGGAACUCUGGUUAAUGGUCCGAUCGCUCGAAUGUUGGACAAGUACAAUCCUUGAUUCAUUUGGUUCUUUUUCAAUGAAAACACAGAGUCUCUCAACUUUUGAUCAAAAACUUUCUCAUUGCAUGGCUUCCACCUGAUUUAAGAGUAAACUUUUUUUUUCUUUGCAUCACUAUUUUUUUACCGAUUGGAGCCUAAUUUAUCAUUUCAAUAAAUGUAAAAAGUGAG